AUGUCCUACACAAACGGCAAUGCCUUCCCUGAUGAAGAUGUGGAGGAAGAGACCCUCGUGGCAGACUACCAAGAGCAGGUCAACAACUAUGAUGAUGAGGGCGCAGACUUGGAGCGCGGAGAUUCGGUCAUCAGUGGUGGUCCGGCGGAUCUACGAGCGCAACUGGAAGCCGCCGCGGCUCCUUUGGAGUUCCAAGCAAGUCUGGAAACCAAAUUCCAGAGCUACGACAACUACUGCUCGCUGUUCCACUACAUCCUCAACUCUGACGGUCCCGUAGAAAUCGAGACACCCUCCUACUACUGGGCAUGGGACGUGAUCGAUGAAUUUAUCUACCAAUUCGAGUCCUUCUGCCGCUAUCGCAACCGAGUCGCCCGCACCGCACCCAAUGAAGAAGAAGCACAAAUCCUGCGAGAAAACCCUAACACAUGGGGCUGCUAUAGUGUUCUUAACGUCCUGUACUCCUUGAUCCAACGCUCGCAAAUUAAUGAACAGCUUGCCGCCACGAAGCGAGGCGAAGAUCCCAUGGCUGUAGCAGGGGAGUAUGGCUCUCGCCCACUUUACCGCAUGCUGGGAUACUUCUCCAUCAUCGGUCUCUUGCGAGUUCACUGCCUUCUCGGAGACUUCAGUCUCGCUCUGAAGACCCUAGAUGACAUCGAAAUGAACAAAAAAGCCAUGUUCGCCCGUGUCAUGGCUGCCCAUCUGAACACAUAUUAUUAUGUUGGCUUCUCCUACAUGAUGCUGCGUCGCUAUGCGGACGCCGUACGCAUGUUCAGCCACAUCCUGGUCUACGUCUCCCGCACCAAGAAUUUCCAGAAGGGCCCCAAUCAAGGACAGUUUGACGCCAUCGCCAAAAAGACCGAACAAAUGUACGCCCUCAUCGCCAUCUGCGUGGCCUUUGCGCCCACCCGGUUGGACGACUCCAUCCAUACAACACUCCGCGAAAAAUAUGGCGAGAAGUUCGCAAAACUGCAGCGUGGCGGAACAGAGAGCCUGCCAAUCUUCAAGGAAUUGUUCCAAUCCGCUUGUCCGAAAUUCAUCACCCCAACACCGCCGGAUUUCGAUAAUCCUUCGCUAAACAUCGACCCGGUCGAUCACCACACUGAGAUCUUCAUGGACGAAGUCCGCAAUACUCUCUUCAACCCCUUGAUCAAGUCAUAUCUGAAACUAUACACGACAAUGAGCAUUCAAAAGCUCGCCGGCUUCUUGGAGGUCGAGCCCGAAAAGCUCCGCAGUUGGCUACUAGUGAACAAGCAGCGAAGUUGUCGGCAGAUUCGCUGGACUGAAGGAGGGUUGCUGGAAGGGGAAAUUGUGGGUGUCCUGGGCAACGGAAGCUCCGAGGGGCUGGAUUAUGCCAUCGAGGGCGAUUUGAUCCAUAUCAGUGAGGCGAAGCAGGGGAGACGGCUGGUGGACUGGUACUUGAGGAAUUUGGCCAGGUCCUACUAA